AUGAAUCCCAACGGCAACAACAACAACGGCCACGGCGGCCCCCAAAUUCCCGUAGACCUCGACAGUAAAGACCAUAUUUUCUCGCUGGUUCGACAGGGACGUCAGUUAAUUCCGCAAGAGGUUCGAACUCUCAUCACUCGGCGUUAUCUACGAGUCACCCCUGCCGUACCUUCCUGUCCUCCACCUCCUGCAAUAUUUUUGCUUCCAUCUGAUCAAGCUGAGAAUAUACUUCAUGGUGUUGGCGAUGGCUAUACGUGGUAUAUGACUUCAAGAGUCGAAGCAUUCAAGAUUGGUGAUGAGACAGAGACAGCCCUUGUGACAAGGUUUUCCCUACAUAGAGUCAGCCGUGAGAGGGACAUUUGUCGAAGGAUGUAUAUUCUUCUUGAUCGACCGAGUUUGGUUCUCGUUCACUAUACUAGUCACAUUCUCGGCAGGAAAGAAGAGGUCAAACCCAAAAUAGACCAAGCUUAUAGUCUCGGCAGGGAAGAGGUCGCUAAAACCAAAAUAGACUAA